CUGCUGACGUUAAUAAAUAGCAGUAGUAAAGCAAAAAGGCAAAUCACAAUUCACACAAACAAUUUUCUUAGAGAAAACUUGUCCAAUUUAGGUAUCGAUGACAAGGGGGGUUUCAAAGGAGGAAGAGAUGAGUGUAACACUUGAUCUUCUUAAGAAGAAAAUGGAUGAUUUUGCUAAAGAAAGAGACUGGGAGAAGUUUCAUAGCCCCAGAAACCUUCUUUUGGCUCUGGUGGGAGAAAUUGGAGAACUGUCAGAAAUAUUUCAGUGGAAAGGAGAAGUUCCAAAGGGGUUGCCUGAUUGGAAAGAAAAUGAGAAAUUACAUCUUGGUGAAGAACUUUCUGACGUUUUGCUAUACCUCGUCAGGCUGUCUGAUAUUUGUGGAAUUGAUCUUGGCCAAGCUGCUCUUCGAAAAGUGCAACUCAAUGCCAUUAAGUAUCCUGUUAAGAAAUGCAACGAAGAAGUUGAUAAAUAAAUAAUCGGCUUGAAAAAAUAGUCGAGCUGCGUACAAACACAGGUUUAGUGGACGGUCUUCAAAAAAAAGUCUAGCAGAAUGACAAUAGUUCUUUUGGUCGGACAGUUAUUGGUCAAUUUUAAUUUUAGUCCAUGUGAUAUUUGAUUAAGCACAUUUUAUCUUCAAUUACUUGAAAUAUGUACUUUUGAUUCA